GCGGGUUCCUGAAGCUGGGGACCGGCUCCCGGCUCACAGAGGCAGUGGUGGCCGAGGCAGCAGGCGCGCGGCUUUGUGGCGCGCGCAGGUUCCACUGGGUGUCGUGGAGUCGCAGCUACCCGGGGUACUCUGCCUGGCAGCGGGUGUCGCAUGGCCAGCCCCGCGCGAUCUGGCUUCCCGGCGCGCACGAAUUGCCGUCUGGACGCGUUCUUGCGGCGGCACCUGCCCCCGGAGGUGUACGACGCGGUCCGCGCCUAUGAGCCGUGCAUCGUGGUGUCGGACGCCGAGAAGCACUCGUUCAAGUACGUGGUGCUCAGCGACCGGCUCAUCUACCUGACCGAGAACCCGCCCAAGUCCAUCCGGCGGGUCGUGGCUCUGCGGGACGUCGUGGCCAUUGACUUGAUUGACGAUUACCCAGAGUUUCUGAAUUCACCAGACAGAGAGAUCAACCAACACAUUCGAAUCAUCUAUUCUUCAACAGUCUUGAAAAAGGAGCGCGGGAAAGCGAAAGGUGUCCGGAAAUUCCUGUUUCCAGUUCACCACAGCAAUGCUAACAGAAAGGUUAAGCAAGAGAAUAAUGCCCCUACCUUUUGGAGAAGAAAAGUUUCUAGAAGUCAGAAUGAAUCCUCUCUCAGGUCCCAACAGGAGAGCAACACUCCAUUCAAGGACCCAACUCCCCAUCCUUCAGACCUUAAGCAACUGUCCUCUACGAGCCAAGGCACCUCUCGGCCUUUGCCUACCCUCUCUAGUUGCCAGUCUGGGGCAGCUACUGACAUGCCUACCUGCUCCCUAUCUCUUGCAUCAAACACAGAAGAACCCCAGGAGCUUCCAGAUCCUAGAGACUUCCCAAGAGAAGGCUCUUUCAGGUUUGAUAGGAACGAAAGUGUGUUUGGCUUAGGAAGUUCUCUCCCAGCGUCUCCUUCGAACAGCUUUUCGAGCCUAGAGAAGGAGGAGUCAGAACUUCACCUGUAUAUUAUUUCUGCAACCUCGUCCAUAUUUCUGCACCUAAAGAGUUCGUGGAACAACUACAUUAUAAGAGCCACUCUUUUACAAGAUCCUCUGUGUGGCACUGAGCAAAGUCAUGUCCUCAGGAAUCGGAAGCCAUACAGAUCUGAGGAGAAAAUUAAGCAGUUCUGUCAACUGAAGUCUGAACUUUUCCUUAAAGACAAUACUUUGAGGAAGAUAUUGUAUUUAAUUGUGGAACUUAGAGUGGCAGCGCAGAGAAACUUCAUUCUAAAAAGACUUUUCUGGAAAACCAGUGAGCUUUUCUACUUCCUAGUGAACAAACUUCAUGAAUAUUUGCCAGAGUCUAGGGAUAAGCGUGCAUUUCAGAACAAAAGCCAGAGGGCCGAUGAGCUGCUGGCAUGUAUUGAAAUUAUACAGACCCUAGGAUUGAUGUUCAGAGAAACAGAAAUUGAAUCCUCACGCUUGAACACAUUGGCAGCUAAGAAGGGAAUGCUGUUUAAUCUCUUAGUGAUUCUAAUUAGCAAGCCCAAGGUUCCAAAGCCCUGCUCUGUGUCUGAUGCCCAGCUGGUGGCUGAUCCAAUCUCAGCAGAAGACGCAGCAUCUUCCGACGGUCAGUUACAGAAGCUCAUCCUGGAGUACACGGACACCGCGACAGCGCUACUCUACGAGAUCCUGCUUGUCUUUCAGCAGGGGAAUCUUGGACUGGGAUCCACAAAGUUUGCUAUAAGCUGGAUGAUGUCCUUUCUACAGAGCUGUCCUUCCAUCAUGGCUUUUGUGGCCGGUAUCGUGGAAGGAGUGGUGAGAGGGCUCUCAGCCUCGCUCCAGCUGCUGACUCCCUGCCAAGCGGUUCUGUUGUACCAGCAGUUCUACAUCCUCAGGAGCUGCCUGCAGCAUAGCAAGGCUCUGGCCGAGUAUAUCAGGAACGACCACCGUGAGGAGUUCAGGUACUUUAUUCAUAUGCCAGCACUGGAGAAGAGGCUCCCCGGAUGUUACCCCAUCACAAAGCCCACCACUCAGCUCUGUCACGAAGUUCUACAGCUGAUUGAACAGAAACAGUGUGCAGCAUAUUAGAGGAGAUAAAAAGUAUAAAGUAUUCACUAAAGUCACUACGAAAAACA